AUGAAGACUCGGGAAGGGACAGAUCCUGAUCCUGUAUCCCAGGUCCUCUACAAAUACCCUACAAAACACAAAACCAUGUUCUCUACAAAUACCCUACAAAACAAACCCAGUUCAUCUACAAAUACCCUACAAAACACUAACCUAGGUCAUCUUCAAACAUCCUACAAAACACAAAACCAUGUCCUCUACAAAUACCCUACAAAACACAAACCCAAGGUAAUCUACAAGUACCCGACAAAACACAAACCCAAUUCAUCUACAAAUACCCUACAAAACACAAAACCAGGUCCUCUACAAAUAACCUACAAAACACGAACCCAGGUCAUCUACAAACAUCCUACAAAACACAAAAACCAUGUCCUCUACAAAUACCCUACAAAACACAAACCCAGGUCAUCUACAAACAUCCUACAAAACACAAAACCCGGUCCUCUACAAAUACCCUACAAAACACAAACCCAGGUCAUCUACAAAUACCCUACAAAACACAAAACCAGGUCAUCUACAAACUUCCUACAAAUACCCUACAAAGCACAAAACCAGGUCAUCUACAAGUACCCUACAAAACGCAAAACCAGGUCAUCUACAAACACACUAAAAACAAAAAAACCAGGUCAUCUACAAAUAACCUACAAAACACAAAACCUGGUACUCUACAAGAACCCUACAAAACAAACACCAGGUCAUAUACAAACACCCUACAAACCACAAAGUCAAGUUAUCUACAAAUAUCCUACAAAACAUAAAACCAUGUCCUCUACAAAUACCCUACAAAACACAAACCCAGGUAAUCUACAAAUACCAUACAAAACACAAACCCAAGGUCAUCUACAAUUGCCCUACAAAACACAAAACCAGGUCAUCUACAAAUACCCUACAAAACACAAAACCAGGUCAUCUACAAACUUCCUACAAAUACCCUACAAAACACAAAACCCGGUCCUCUACAAGUACCCUACAAAACGCAAAACCAGGUCAUCUACAAACACACUAAAAACAAAAAACCAGGUCAUCUACAAAUACCCUACAAAACACAAAACCUGGUACUCUACAAGUACCCUACAAAACAAAAACCAGGUCAUAUACAAACACCCUACAAAACACAGAGUCAAGUUAUCUACAAAUAUCCUACAGAACAUAAAACCAUGUACUCUACAAAUACCCUACAAAACACAAAACCAGGUAAUCUACAAAUACCCUAUAAUACACAAACCCAGGUCAUCUACAAACAUCCUACAAAACACAAAACCAGGUCAUCUACAAAUACCCUACAAUACAGAAGCCCAGGUAAUCUACAAAUACCCUACAAUACACAAGCCCAGGAUCAUCUACAAACACACUCAAAACACAAACCCAGUUCAUCUACAAAUACCCUACAAAACACAAACCCAGGUCAUCUACAAACAUCCUACAAAACACAAACCCAGGUCAUCUACAAACAUCCUACAAAACACAAACCCAGGUCAUCUACAAACAUCCUACAAAACACAAACCCAGGUCAUCUACAAAUACCCUACAAAACACAAACCCAGGUCAUCUACAAAUACCCUACAAAACACAAACCAAGGUCAUCUACAAAUACCCUACAAAACACAAAACCCGGUCCUCUACAAGUACCCUACAAAACACAAAACCCAGUCCUCUACAGGUACCCUACAAAACGCAAAACCAGGUCAUCUACAAACACACUAA